ACCAAGAUAAUGCCGGAAGCUAGAGCGGAUGUGAUGUAUUGCCACCAGAACGAAGAGGCAUGGUUUCACGGAGGUGACCUACAGUUUGAAACAGUAAUGUAACAAGGCUUGCGAAUCUUGCAAUAGCGUACUGUAUGUCAUUGUUGUGGCUGUUAUUUAGCUUUGCAACGUAGCCAACCCGUAUCUUCUAACAGUUAGAAUUCAGUUUUGAAUACCCACGCUACUGAGAGCAACGUUUGAAAUGGCAGAGGCGCAUCAAGCUCGUGUACAGAAAACCAUAGAGGAUAUGGUUCAAAGUUUAGAACGGGACCACAUCCGCAAGAUGCAAGGACUCAUGUUCAAGUGCAGUGCAGAGUGCUGCGAGCGCUCCACAGACUCCAUGUCACAGGUGCACAAUUGUAUUGAACGCUGCCACGCUCCUCUGGCGCAGGCCCAAGGACUAGUGACCAAUGAACUAGAGAAAUUUCAGGACCGGCUGACCAGGUGCACCAUGCAUUGCAAUGACAAGGCCAGGGACCUGUUUGACUCUGGGGCCAAGGAGCCAGCCGUGCGGGCCAUGAUGGAGAACUGCGUGGGCAGCUGUGUGGACGACCACAUCAACCUGAUCCCCAGCAUGACGCACAGACUCAAAGAGAACCUGGACUCUAUUCCACAGUGAGGAGGAGGGAAUAGCUUACUUCAGAUGCAUGAGACAGCUUGGACUCUAUACUACAGUGACAAAGGGGUUCAUAAAGUUUACUGUCAUCUGACUCAAAUAACACAGAGGAAGUAUAAACAGCAGACUCAAAGAUGGCUCGUUAUUAUCACAGUGAAAAGGGGGGAGUUAUAAGUGGCAGAUCCAAUAACUCAGUGAGGGAAAGGGACAGCUUGCAGGAAUGAGAUUUGGAUCCUGGUUAAUUGAGUCUAUGCUGUCAGGGAGGGUGGGGGAUAUACCUCAGCUCAGUCAGAAGAAACUACACCUCCCCUGCAAACUGACUCUGUUUCUUUGUAGCACUUACUGUUUAUUGGUUGAACCUACAGACCAGACAGGCCAGCUGAACUUACUCAGCAGACCUGUGCCAUUACAGAACUGUCUUAACAUAAAAAAUACUGGUGUCUGUGAA